AUGCUCUUUAACCAGGUGGUGAUAUUCGUCAAGGCGGGGGAUGGGGGCAAUGGUGCAGUGCUGCACCCCCCACGGCCGUGGAAGGCCGGCGAGACGCCUGGGCUGAAGGGAGGGAGGCUCAACGCGAGAGAGGCGGAGGAACUGACGAGGAAGCUUCGCAGGAAAGAGGCGGAGAAGGCCAAAGCAAUGAAACGAGUGGGCACGUUCAAAAGGGACGCUGACGGCCUGGCAAUCGUGCCCAUGGGAGGCCAUGGGGGGGACGUUGUGAUUCACGCGGACCCCUCGCUCUCCACGCUGCUGCCUCUGCACCGCAAGAAGCGGCACGUGGCGAAGAGCGGCGGGCACGUGGAUGCCAAGGGAGGCCUGGCGAGGAGAGUGCCGGAUGGCUUGCAAGGCCCUGUGCUGCGGAUAGCUGUUCCCGUGGGUAUGUCUUUCCUGUUAUAUGCACGCCCCCUCUUCUCUCUUUCUCCUUCUCCCUCCCUCUCCACGCUGCGGCCGCUACACUGCAAGAAGCGGCACGUGGCGAGGAACGGCGGGCACGUGGAUACUAAGGGAGGGCUUGCUAGGAGAGUCCCGGACGGAUCACAGGGGCCUGUGCUGCGGAUAGCUGUUCCCGUGGGUAAGUCACUGGCUACUGCUGCUGCUGCCUCUGCACCGCAAGAAGCGGCGCGUGGCGAGGAGCGGAGGGCACGUGGACGCCAAGGGGGGGCUGGGUAG